AUGGAGGUCGACUUCGCUGAGUAUCGAUUGCGCUGUCAACUUCGAGGCCACGAAGACGACGUCAGAUUUUUCACCACUCUCGCUUUUAUCGAUGUUCGUGGUAUAUGUGUAUGUGAUGAUGUGGGUAUAGCGACUUCUUCAAGGGACAGAACCAUCAGGUUCUGGUCUUCUAAUCCAUUGAAUAAUGUUUUGUGUGGGGCAUUGGCUUGGGUUUCACCGAAUGCGGAGCUUCCAGAAGGUGGUAUUGUAUCUGGUGGGAUGGAUACUCUAGUUCUGGUGUGGGAUUUGGCAACUGGAGAGAAGGUUCAGACACUGAAAGGUCAUCAACUGCAAGUCACUGGCAUUGCAUUGGAUGGAUCGGACAUUGUAUCAUCGUCGGUAGAUUGGUAUGAUACUGUUCGAGGCCUGGCUGUGAUGCCUGGUUUGGGAAUUCUUUCUGCCUCCCAUGAUGG